UGUCCGAUAAGCCAGUGGUCAGUCUUGUUGCGUAUUGCGGAGAGACUUUGUCGAGAAUUUUUGGAAAUGGUGUCGAGGAUAUUGUGUAUUAUGGCGGCGAUGGGCCUCGCUUCAGGAGCCGUGUGGCAGGGAGGCCUUCCUGUGAAGCCUAAGGAGCAUGCUCACAAACAGGGUUGCUACAUCGAAGAGCUGAAUGACGUCAUACCGUUUGGUACCAUGGUCUCCCCAAUUGGGCAUUGCUUUCGGGUAGAAUGCUCGCGUUAUGGGAUUGAAUAUGCCUCAUGUGGAUUAGUGCAAGUAAGCGAAGAAUCGCAUAACUGCUUCCUCACGGAGACAGAUCUCAGUAGACCUUACCCAGACUGCUGUCCAGACGUCAAGUGUGAACACGAUAAUUACUUGAUUUAGUAGCAAUAAGUAGAUAUAGGUAGGAGCUCUGAGUUGUUGUUGACAUUUAAACUGAAAAUGGAACCGUUGACAGAGGGAUAUGCUUACUCCAAGGCAAUACAACAAAAGAUGGAAAUUCGUUGCUCAACAUCUUGCCAAGAAAGUGUAUGAGUUCGUCAGAAAUUAGCAAUUUAUUGCAGAGUGUAAUUGACUACGUAAUAAUUUUUUUUUAAUUUAACCCAAACUAAAAUAAGCAAGUCAAUACCUUCAAAACCUUUAACAUCUAGUGGUUGUUAAAAUAAUUAUCUUUUAUUGUCGUAAGAUUUAGGCAUUUAUAAUGUUACUUAAGCAGAACCACGUUGACGUUUGACGGCCUCCGUGGCGCAGUGGUAUGCGCGGUGGAUUUACAAGACGGAGGUCCUGGGUUCGAUCCCCGGCUGGGCAGAUUGAGAUUUUCUUAAUUUGUCCAGGUCUGGCUGGUGGGAGGCUUCGGCCGUGGCUAGUUACCACCCUACCGGCAAAGACGUACCGCCAAGCGAUUUAGCGUUCCGGUACGAUGCCGUGUAGAAACCGAAAGGGGUGUGGAUUUUCAUCCUCCUCCUAACAAGUUAGCCCGCUUCCAUCUUAGACUGCAUCAUCACUUACCAUCAGGUGAGAUUGUAGUCAAGGGCUAACUUGUAAAGAAUAAAAAAAAAAAAAAAAACGUACAUUCUGUAACCACAUUGUAAUUGUGUAAAUGUUAACAAAGCGUUAGAGCUUAUAUAAGACUUAGAUAUUGAUAGAGUUCCUUUUAUUAGAGUUAGAGUUGUAACUAAUGUUAAAGAUAAUGUUCGCAUUGUAAAAACUUAAAUUGCAAAGCGUUAAGCACAACUUUUACUAUAUUAAAGCUGAAUCUGUGUACUCAGAGAUAACUUAUAACAAGUUUAUAAAAUUACAUAAUUAUAACUCUUUUUAUAAAAUUUAACUUAAUUAAAUGUAGCUACAUUUAUGAAUAGGGAAUAUGCAUAAGGUCCGAAUGUGUUUUUUUUCAUUUACUCUGCUAAAUUAUGACUUUUAGUAAUAAAAAAUAUGUGUAAAAUGCCCAGGAAAUUCAGUACAGGUAUUCAAACGUUCGCUAUUAGUUCGUUCGGAAAGUAACCGUAGUUUCUGGCAACCAAUAGAAAUGUAUGAGUCAAGGGUUAACUUGACAUAGAAUGAAAAAAAGAAAAUUGUCUUUUGGACAUUUGUGACUUCAAUUUGUGUUCGUUACAAUGUUGAAUGCUUAAAAUAUGUCGGUUAUUUUGCAAAUACUAAUGUUCUUGUGAUGUCAGUUACAUCAUAGUUUUACAUCGAUUGUAUAAUGAAAGAAAAACAUUAAACAUAAAAAGCUAUGCAUAUUCCUUAUGAAAUUGAAACUCUGCGUUAUUAUGUUUGACAGUUGUCUUUUGUUAGAUUUUCAUGAUUAAUAUACAUUAUUAUAUUUAACAAAUUACUAUGGAUGUUUUAUAAAAAGUUCUUAUAAUGUGAGGGUUGUCUUUCCAUUACUCUGACUCGAGAAGCUAUCUUGCCGCCAAAUUGUUAUUAUUUAUUUAAUUAAAUUAGUUUCUCUUUGUA